GACUUUAAUACAUUUUGUGAAUCUUCACCAUUUUUUGAUGAAGUGAAACAGAACAGAUUUGCCCAUCACUUGGCUAAAGAAUUGUCAAGUGUGUAGAUGAGACAAUAAUGACGGCAGAAUAGAAACAUCAUGUUAUAUUGAAGAGAAAUAGAGGCCAAUCUGCUCCCUGACAAGUUACCAGGACAUGCCCAACACUUCUCUCAUGCCCACGACACCAUAAUCAUGAGUAGAUACUACUGGGAGCAGAAUGGCACAGCUUCUUGGCUUAACUAAUAGCUAAAUAAUCACUGGCUGUGACCAGUAGAAAUGUACAGAAUUCACUAUAUAAUAACCCCACAUUAUUUCCCUGCAAGAGUUUCAAGUUUCAUAUUUUAAUUGAGUCCAAAGUCCAAGCAAUAAACUUGCCUCUCCCUGUGUGAGAGGAGAGAGAAAACAUCUUCCAGGUUCCAGCAAUGGCGGCUGCUGAUCUGAGAGCUGAACUGAGCUGCUCCGUGUGCCGAGAGAUUUAUACCAACCCUGUAACCCUGUUGUGUGGCCAUAACUUCUGUCUCAUCUGUAUUGAGAGAACAUGGGACUGGCAGAAGAGUAUAGAGGAAGAUCCCUCCUGCCCUGAAUGUAGAAGGACAUAUAGAAGGAAACCUGAACUGAUAAGGAACCUGAGGCUGAGGAACAUAGCAGAGCAAUUCCUUUCUACUGACCCACAGCAGGAUGGGACUGGGACCUCUGGAGACUCAAAAUGCUCCUCACACAACAAGAUCCUGGAGUAUUACUGCUGUGAGGAGUCUGUGUGUGUCUGUGUGUCCUGCUGCCUUGUGGGAAAGCACAGGGGCCACAGGGUGGAGCUGCUGAGUGAGGCCUCUGAGAAGAAGAAAGAGAAACUGAGGAAAGUUGUGGAGAAACUGAGGCCAGAGAGAGAGGAGACUGAGAGAGGAGCCCAGAGACUGCAGGAGCGCAGGAGAGAAGUGGCAGAAAAAGCAGCCGGUGAGACAGAGAGAGUCACUGCCCUGUUUAGAGACAUCAGGGAACAGCUGGAAGCCCUAGAGAAGCGACUCCUGAGUGACAUCUCCAGCCAGAAAGAGAAGCUCUCACUCCCACUCACUGAUCUGAUCCACCAGCUGGAAAUAAAGAAGGACGAGCUGUCCAGGAAGAUCCGUCACAUUGAGGAGCUGUGCAACAUGGCAGAUCCACUCACUGUCCUACAGGAACGGGAAUCACAUGGAGCUGCAGAUAAUGAGGGGGGCAGAGAGAGACAUGAUAUAAAGGUCCCUGCUGUAGGGGAUCUGGAUGUGGAUCUGAUCUCAGAGACAUUACUCACAGGCUUAGCUGCCAUUGGGACUGGGGUAAAGGGAAGGUGGAUCUAUGGGCAGGAGGCUACAGACCUGUUACUGGAUAUAAACACGGCUGGGAAUCAUUUAUCUGUAUCAGAGGACAGAAAAUCUGUUUGCUACUCACUAACAGAACUACAUUACCCACAAUCCCCAGAGAGAUUUCAGGUCCCUCAGACUUUAAGCAGCAGGAGUUUCCCCUCAGGGCGACAUUACUGGGACAUGGAGGGCAGUGAAUCAGGGGGCUGGGGGAUAGGGGUGGCCUAUCCCAGUAUAGAGAGGAAUGGUGGUCAUUCCUGGAUUGGGGAUAAUAACAAAUCCUGGUGUUUGUGCAGAUGGAUUAAUGCAUAUUCAGUUACAUAUAACAGGGAAUGGACACAUUUACCCCACGUCCCUUCCUGCAGUAGAAUCAGGAUCUCAUUGGACUAUGAGGCCGGACGUCUGUCCUUUUAUGAGCUGAGUGAGCCAAUCAGACACUUACACACCUUCACUGCCACAUUCACUGAGCCCCUUCAUGCCGCAUGCUUGGUGUGGGAUGAAAAUGCCUGUUUGAAAAAUAUGAGUUAGUCACUGCCAACUGCCCAACAUGAGGAAACCCAUUCCCAGAGUUGCCCAUAUCCAUAUGAUGCAUGGAUAGGUGGGCAGAGUUUCAGCAACGACUUCACAAAGAGUCAUCACUUUAAUUAAGAGACUCAAGUAAUUCAAUUUAUUCCCAGUUAGAAUUAUGUUGUAUGUUUUUUACAUUUUUGAAAACAUCCCUAACUUCUUCUUCCCUCUCCCCUGGAAUAUGUUCCUGUUCCCUGUGCCUGUGCCUGUGCCUGUUCUGGUGCUGAUCAUGUGCCAACUUCAUCAUAAUUACUGACAUUUAUUUCCAACUAUUUGCAUAUACAGAAUCUGAAUUACAUACAGUUAUAUGUCCCGGGGGGAAGGGGGAUAAUAUUAUUCAUUUAUUUUGAUUCAUUAUACAGUAUAGAUCUCUCGCUUCACUCUUUUAUAUACUGAUUUAUAUUUAUAUAUAUUUACUGCUGUAACUAGGGAAGCACCAAAUCCUGGUCUGGAUGUGACCAAAUUUUAGCACUUUUUGUAGGACUUGGAUUUGGUGGAGUCGUGAGUGUUCAGCACAACCCAAAUCCAAACCUUUAUAGAGGAAUUAAAUCUAAGGAAAGAAUUAAGGGCCACACAUGUUAUUUUAUGCUGUUAUGUGAAAACCUAUGAGCAAGAUUCAAUGGGGCACAUUUAAAAUCUAAAAGGAAUAAAAGUAGAAACCUUUCUCACAUC